UGACCGCCCGCCUGAGCCGCCUACCGCCCGGGCUGAGGCCGAGGCCUGGCCACAGGGUGAAGCUCUCGCCGCCGCCAACACAAGAGCCAUGUCCCUGAUGUUCUCCCGCUCAAGCUCAGUUGCAGUUGGGAAAAAGGACAAGCGACUGAUGGCGGAGGCAAACGUGUCGCCGCUCAAACACUUUGUCACAGCCAAGAAGAAGAUCAACGGGAUCUUUGAGCAGCUCGCUGCGUACAUCAAGGAAAGUGCGGCUUUCCUGCAAGAAACUUACCAGAAUGAGGAGCUGGAUCCUGUCACCAUGGAGGAGCAGGUGCUGGAGGUAAAGGGCUACUUGUCCAAGGUCGGGGGUAUCAGUGAGGUGUUGGCUCGACGGCACAUGAAGGUGGCGUUCUUCGGCAGGACGAGCAAUGGGAAAAGCACGGUGAUUAAUGCCAUGCUGUGGGAUAAGGUGCUGCCUUCAGGAAUCGGUCACACCACAAACUGCUUUCUGCGGGUGGAGGGCACAGAUGGCAAUGAAUCCUAUUUACUGACGGAUGGAUCGGAAGAGAAGAAGAGCAUAAAGACGGUGAACCAGUUGGCACAUGCGCUACACCAGGAUGAGCUGCUGGAUGCCGGGAGCCUGGUGUCCGUUAUGUGGCCGAAGCUGAAGUGCGCUCUGCUGCGUGAUGACCUGGUGCUGAUGGACAGCCCGGGCAUUGAUGUUACCACUGAGCUGGACAGCUGGAUCGACCGCUUCUGUCUGGAUGCAGAUGUGUUUGUGCUGGUGGCAAACUCUGAGUCGACACUGAUGCAGACGGAGAAGCAGUUCUUUCACAAAGUGAACGAACGCCUAUCGCAGCCUAAUAUUUUCAUCUUGAACAACCGCUGGGAUGCGUCUGCGUCUGAGCCCGAGUAUAUGGAUGAGGUGCGGAGGCAGCACAUGGAUCGCUGCAGCAGUUUCCUGGUGGAGGAGCUGGGGGUGGUGGACCGUGCACAGGCUAGCGACAGGAUCUUCUUUGUAUCAGCUAAAGAGGUGCUGAACGCUCGCAUCCAGAAAGCACAAGGACUGCCGGAGGGAGGUGGGGCGCUGGCCGAGGGCUUCCAGGCGAGAAUGUUUGAAUUCCAGAACUUCGAGCGAAGAUUUGAGGAAUGUAUCUCGCAAUCUGCCGUCAAGACCAAGUUCGAGCAGCAUACGGUGCGAGCCAAGCAGAUCUCUGAAGCUCUCCGGCAGAUCAUGGAUUCUGUCCACGUCUCUGCAGCUGAACAGAGGAUCCAUUGUUUGGAGCAGAGGGAGGAACGACAGGACCGGCUGGAGUUCAUCGAGAAGCAGCUGGAUUUACUGAGCCAGGACUGUAAAUCCAAGAUCAAACACAUCACAGAGGAGGUGGAGAGACAGGUCUCGAACGCGAUGGCGGAGGAAAUCCGUCGCCUCUCUGUUCUGGUGGAUGAUUUUCAGAUGGAUUUCCAUCCUUCCUCCGUGGUGCUGAGGGUUUACAAGAACGAGCUGCACAAGCACAUCGAGGAGGGGCUGGGACGUAACAUGUCCGAUCGCUGCUCUGUGACCAUCACGACCACCCUGCAGGACACCCAGCAGGAGAUGAUCGACGGGCUGAAGCCCCUGCUGCCCCCAAAGGUGCGAGGCCAGGUGGACGCGCUGAUCCCACGCCAGCGCUUCAGCCUGAGCUACGACCUGAACUGCGACAAACUCUGCUCCGACUUCCAAGAGGACGUGGACUUCCACUUCUCGCUCGGGUGGACCAUGCUCGUCAACCGCUUCCUGGGGCCAAAGGGCGGCCGCCGGGCCCUGAUGGGAUACAGUGAGCAGGUGCAGCGCCCGAUGCCCCUGACCCCAGUUGGUGCGAGCCUCCCGCCGCUACCCCAGGGCUCCAUGACGCAGGAGGAACUCAUGGUCUCCAUGGUGACGGGAUUGGCAUCACUGACAUCACGGACGUCGAUGGGAAUAAUCCUGGUUGGAGGCGUGGUGUGGAAGGCCGUGGGCUGGCGGCUGAUCGCGCUCAGCGUGGGGAUGUACGGGCUCCUGUAUGUGUAUGAACGGCUGACAUGGACGACGAGGGCCAAGGAGCGAGUGUUCAAACGCCAGUUUGUGGAGUACGCCAGCGAGAAGCUGCAACUCAUUGUCAGCUACACAGGCUCUAACUGCAGUCACCAGGUGCAGCAGGAGCUGGCUGGCACAUUUGCACAGCUAUGUCAGCAGGUGGACAUCACACGUCAGAACCUGGACGACGAGAUUAAAGGCCUGAAUAAGAAGAUUGAAUUGUUGGACACGCUUCAGGGCAAAGCCAAGCUGCUCCGGAACAAGGCUGGCUGGUUAGACAGUGAACUCAACAUGUUCACCCACCAGUACUUGGAGCAGAGCCGAUGAGAGCAGCUCCCCUGAGCCUGGUGGGGGAAGAGGGGAAAGGGGUAGUGCUGAUGCUGAAGCCAAGUGCCGAGCUCCUGGAAUGGCAGAAAUUGCUCAGGUUUUUAACUGGUUUGUUUCCUGACUCUGGUCAUAUAGUAAAGGCCUACAGAGACUUGUAUUAAACCAGUUAGUUACCUCCUGACUAAUCCCUGUAAUGCAUGACUGGAGAAAGUGUAAAGAUGCGUUGAUUCUCAGCUUCGGAAGCGACUAGUUUAAACCCAAACCGCUCCUGAAUUCCGGGAUCAGUUCACUUAAAUGCAUGUUGUCGAUGUCCUCCUGCUGAUCAGCAAUGGUGACGUUUCCUUACACUCGGAGCUUGUUGUGUUAAAGGCCGUUAUCGCGUCCGUCAAAUCUUCCACAUUCUGGUUUGUUCCGUAUGCAGGGAUGAGUGAGCGGUUGUGACUGCGCCCCCAAGUAACCUCGGACUUUGAGUAAAACUGCUUUAUUUGAUGAAAACAUUGUAUUUAACUCCCACUUUAUGUGAGAGAGACUGUGAGUUAGAGAAAGAGAUAAACUCUCCCCCCCUCCCCCCCACCUUGUUUUGCCCACAUAAUUGAGUAAAAACAAGGUGAUUUUCCAGUGUAUCAGUGCUGCUGUACUUAAUUUUGAGGAUUUUCAGCCUCAGUGGGCACCAACUCUGAGGUUUGGUUUGAUUCUGAGUUAUAAUUUGCUGCCAAGUGUUUGGAUAUCAGGGUAUACUUUACCUUGCACUUAUAUCCCGCACAACAUGUGCAUACUCAUUCUCCUACCCCACCCCACACCAUCUCCGCCACCCAGUCAUGCUGUGCCCUCAGGUGGUUGCUGUCAGAGGAAUCUCUACCCCUAAAUAAUAGUAAAUACGACACUGAAAUAUAUUAUAAUGCUUGCAGUUUAUUAUAAAUAAAACCAUGAAACUUGAACUGGUUGAAGAGCUUACAGUGUGAGAGGAAGUGUCAUUUAAAGCAAUCAAUCCAGCUGUUGUGCACUUACAAUUCGGGGAGAGUCUGGGGAAUAAACUGUGAACAGGAAGAUGUUCAUUAGCAUUCAUUCAAAUACCGUGUGACACUACUGAUUCGUCAGCGGUUCUUGGAAUAAACAUGCACUAUCUGUGUUGGGAAAGCUGAGUGUUUUUCCAAGUAAUUUUGCUGGUAAGAUUUCAACUUUGUUCUAAAUAAGGCUAAAGUCCUGUGAAAUGUAAGCCUCUUUAAUCCAAAUGUAUAACCCAGAGUAUUGAGAGGAAGGUGCAGCUGUACCCUGGUUUUGUCAGGUUUAAUGUCACUGAGAGGCUAAUGUGUAGCCUUGAUCAGAUUGUGACCAUUAUGUAGAACGGAUGAGUUCGGUGCUGCUGCUCAGACUGGAGUUUAGUCCCCGAUUGGAACAAAGUCUGUUGUGAAAGUGUUUAUUUAAAGUUCGGGAGAAGAGUAAAUGCACACAACCAGAUUCCCGAUGCGAGUGUCUUUGUGCUGCUGGUACUAUUAUUUGUUUAAAAAUGAAAACGUACAAUAAAUUAAUAUAUAAACCA